UGGGGUGAGAGACAGAGGGAGAGAUAGAAUGAUGCAACAGACCGAAGUUUUGUUGCCUUGGGUGUUUUCCUUGCUGGCUUUCGCAGCCAACCGUUGCCACACUUGGCUGUCGCAGGUCCAUACGCUCCCUUUUCUCCGAUAUAACUUGCCGUGAAUGCGAGCGCGCCGCUUAGUAUGACGCGCGCCCUCCAUACUGCUUCCGUCACACGGGGGCAGUCCAUCCCGGCCUCAACACCGGGGGAGGGUGGGGGGAUCUUCAAACAUCAGGAUCCGCCCCGAAAACGCGUACCGUUGCUGCCAGCAGUAUGUCGUGCUGGCUUCACUCACGCACCCGAGGCCCUCGAAGCCAAGUGUCACGAAAGCCGAAAGGGCACCCCAUGGCCGUGCCAUCUCAAUGCACAACUGGCAUACCCCAAUACAUACAAACCAUCAUCAAGACGCCGGGGCAAAAUCUGGCUUCCGGUCAACACAAGCCGCCUCCGCUUCGUUGGCGCUGGUACACGAGCUCCCCACCACCACACACCGAGUGGAGGAAGGGAACGCAUGGGAAUAAGCCCUCUCGCCAAUCACCAUGUACGCCGGUGUGGGUCGGAUCCGGCCGGGCCUGGGUGGGUCCCCGACUUGCCCCGAUUCUCAUAUCCGAAUCUGCCCUUGCGUGCAGUUCCACUGGGCCCCCCUCCCUCUCUCCUUCCACUCUUGUUUGCUACCCCAAUGAUCCCGGCAUCGUCUCCACGGCUCCUUUGCAAAUCAAGGCACAGCGGGAAGAGGGGGGCAGCUGGCUGCGACAAGUCAAACCGACGGACGCGCCUCCUCCCCGCUCUCUCGUUCUCCGCUUACUGCUUACAAUACCUGCUUCACCAAUGGUUGGGCGGGCUAGUGUCGAGCAGCGCUCUCGAAAGCGGGCGGUCCAAGACUUCAAGCGGGCGGGGAGUUGUCCAUAGCUGGCCUCCAUAUGGGUUACGACUGCUACUGCCGCUACCGUUACCGGUUGUGCGUGCCUUCUCCAUGGGGUAAGCCGCCUCAACCCCAUGCUUGGCUUUUUCGAUGAUACGUUGCCCGGAUGUUCAUUACUAUCCAUUUUAAUUUUGUUUUAUUUUAGCUUUCUGGCAGCUGCCUCAUCGACAAUAUGGGC